AUGACUAAAGGCCAGCAUCAGCCAAAAUUUAAUUAUUUCGUUGGGGAAAACUCACCAUCUUAUUUUCGCUUGACUUUGCCAGUGCUCCAAGAACCGUCUGAGAGCUGGGAAGCGAGAGUGGAGACCUACAGGUCAGAUGAUGUGGGUGGAGCCCAUUUCUACAGAGUGGCUUGGGCUGAGACACCGAAACUAGCAACACCCAGAGACAUUUCCCUCCUAGUCAUAAAGGAAGCCAGUAGCAGAGCCAGAAAUAAUAUUCAAAUUCUGGAUCUACUAGACCAUAUUGCCUGUCUGACAAAUUAUACGCUCACUACCUGCUUCAGUUCUAAUAAGGUACCCACAAUGCCGGGUUCUCUGCCCACUGGGAGCAAACAAGAGAACGUGCAGACGCUGGACCGCAAAUGAUGGAUGCCUGCAACUCCUGUACCUGCCCCCGAAUGCCGCCAGAAAUAUGCCGGCUCUACUGAAAGAGCUUUUCCAACCCUGAGCACGUUUGUGAACACGGAAAAGAGUGUAAAGGGGUCAAAUGCAGACUUUACAAAAAGAAACCCAAGACGGAGAUUCCUGUUGGGGAUACACUGCAGGUGGGGUUCAUGA